CCAUUUCAAAAAUUAAAAUUUGGAAAGAAAGGGGCCAAACGGGGGCUGACGCUUGUUUUUUUGGGGCUUCUGUGAAGAUUCGUUUUUUAAUUGAUUUGAUCUGUCAGAUCUCUUUGUGUUCUGGCCGUUAUUUUUAUCUCGCUGCCAUAAGGCUGGUUGGUGGGAGUUGAAUAAUUUCUGUAAUGGGCGCCUUAGAUGAGGGGCAUUACUAUCUGGAGCUAGAGAAUGGAGUGAAGCGAGGGGGCAAUGUUAAACUGAGUUUUGAGGAUGAGCCUGAGAUUCUUGACAUUGAGGAUGCUGUGAGAGUCCUCUUGCAGGGUUUGGGUGAAGAUAUCGAACGAGAAGGUCUGCGAAAGACCCCUCUUCGUGUAGCUAAGGCUCUUCGUGAAGGAACUAGAGGUUAUAAACAGACGGUGAAGGACAUUGUUUGUGGCGCUUUAUUCCCAGAAGCUGGAUUAGAAAGUGGAGUUGGACAUGCCGGUGGAGCUGGUGGGCUUGUAAUUGUUCGAGAUCUUGAUCUCUUCUCCUAUUGUGAGUCAUGCUUGUUCCCUUUCCAGAUUAAAUGUCAUGUGGGUUAUGUCCCAUAUGGCCACCGGGUUGUAGGCCUGAGCAAGCUCUCUCGAGUAGCUGAUAUUUUUGCAAAACGACUUCAAGAUCCACAGCGCUUGGCCAAUGAGUUGUGUACAGCUUUGCAGCAUGGUAUCAAAGCGACAGGCAUUGCCGUUGUUCUCCAGUGUUCUCACAUUCAUUUGCCAAAUUUUGAAACAGCCAUCCUAGACCCAAAUCACAAAGGAUGGGUGAAGAUUUUAGUUACAUCAGGGACAGGAGUUUUUGAAGAUGAGAAGUCAGAUACUUGGACAGAUUUUUUAAGUCUUCUGAGAUUCAGAGAUGUAAAUGUAGAAAAUAUCUAUUCUAGAGGCUCGAGUGAAAAAUCUUGGUGCCGGUCUCACGAAUUCUGCAAGACAGAACCAGCAAAUUCGGUAAUGCUUAAUGCAGUAGCUUCAAUUCUUUGUUCUUUGGGUGAAGAUCCAUUAAGGAAGGAGCUCGUUGAAACUCCUGCUUGCUUUGUGAAUUGGUUGAUGAAGUUUAGGAAUACUAAUCUGGAUAUGAAGCUAAAUGGGUUUGUCCGAAACAGAAGAGAUUCUCUAACUUCCAAUGGAGGAGUAGACCAUACUGAAGAUUGUAUCUGUUCAGAACUGAACUUGACAUUGUGGUCGCAAUGUGAACACCAUUUACUUCCCUUCCAUGGUGCAGUGCAUAUAGGUUAUUACUGUUCCAAUGGGGCAAGUCCUGUUGGGAGAUCCCUUUUACAGUCAAUAGUACAUUUUUAUGGAUUCAAGCUCCAAGUACAGGAAAGGCUGACCAGGCAAAUAGCAGAGACGGUUUCAUCCAUUUUAGGUGAAGAUGUAAUGGUAGUUGUGGAAGCUAAUCACAUGUGUAUGAUAGCUCGAGGGAUCGAGAAAUUUGGCAGCAAUACUGCUACAUUUGGUGUCUUAGGUCGAUUUUCCACUGACUCUGCAGCUAGGGCGAAAUUUUUGCAGAUCAUUCCCAGCUCUUGCCCUGCUCGAGAUUGAUAUUUUAGCUCAAGAAGAAACAUAUCAUUAUUCCAUAAAGUCCCUUAUUUCCAAUACGUCUACGUUAGGCUGUUUGGCUGUCUGUUGUCGCUGAGGCACGAGGAAGACUCUUCCAAUAAUAAUUGGGGGUCUUGCUCAAAAUUUUGAUUUGCAUAAGGAGCGCCACUGUAACGGGUAGUUGAUUCUUCUACAUAACAAAAUUUAUUUCUUAUCCUUGUAGCCUACAAAAAAGUUGUUUUCUUGUUCUGUGAAUCAUAUAUCUACACCUCAUAUAACGCGAAUUUGUUACGGGAUAUUAUGUUUUCUCAGCA